CAGAGAGGAGCUUCAUUUAAGCCAGUAAGAGACCUCUCGAGAAAUUAAAAUUAGAGCCGUCCAAGAAUUCAGUAAACAAGCCGCUUGGUGCCAUUUUCAAGCAUCUUAACGCAAAAACCCUUCACAAGUGUAGAGUACAGACUAUGAUUUGCAAGAUCUGUCAGAAAAACCAAGAAGAAAGAAACUAGCUGCAAGCAAAUGCUGCAAGAAGGUCGCCAUUACUCUGAAUAUGUAAGAUACAAAUGCUAGCUGCAAGCUUUAACAAAAAAAGUUUCAGGCAAUUCCAACCUGACUAGUCAUUUUCUUGGAGCCAAGCAAGAGGAGAGAGAAUUUGUGUGUGUGUGUGUGUGAGAGAGAGAGAGAGAGAGAGAGAGAGAGAGAGAGAGGGAUUGCAUGCGUUAUUUUCAUGUCAUGUAAACCAGUUUCUUUUUUCUGAUUCUUUGAUUAAAAUCAUGCAAUUGUUGUUAAAUUGGAGCCCCAGUUACAUGCAUUUCAUGCUCCCUCACUUGUUAAAUGUCUUCCUUCAAAUUUAUGCCCGAAGCUUAAAAUCACAUCAUCAUUACAUCAGUCUUCCGGUCCAGUCCAGUCCCCCUACUUCCUUUCCCCCUUACAGACAAAAACACCAAGUUAUCUGUCCUAUGGGGAGACCGCCUUGUUGUGACAAAGCAAAUGUGAAAAGGGGACCCUGGACACCUGAAGAAGAUGCAAAAAUUCUUGCAUAUGUAGCCAGCCAUGGAAUUGGCAACUGGACGUCAGUCCCCCAGAAAGCAGUUUGUAUAGGCCUCAACAGAUGCGGGAAGAGCUGUAGGCUAAGAUGGACUAAUUAUCUUCGCCCUGAUCUCAAACACGACAAUUUUACUCCUGAAGAAGAAGAGUGCAUUCUUGAACUUCACAGAACCAUUGGUAGCAGAUGGUCUCUGAUAGCAAAAAGACUGCCAGGGAGAACAGAUAAUGAUGUUAAGAACUACUGGAACACCAAACUGAAGAAAAAACUGACCAAAAUGGGAAUUGAUCCCGUAACUCACAAGCCCUUCUCUCAGCUUUUCAGUGAGUAUGGAAAGAUCAGUGGGUUCCCAAGCACCAGGAAUGGAAACCGGUUCCUCCAGAAUUCCGCAGCCAAUGAGUCCAUUUGGAAAGCAGAAAACAAUAGACAAAAGAUUCAGAAACCUUAUUAUGAUCUCUUGAAUGAUCAAAAAAAUCAUCCAGUGGAAACUGUAACUAAGUUCCAAGCCAUAAACCAAGAAUUCAUCCAACCACACUUUUUCAGUGAGGCCUCCUCUUCUGAUACAUUUUCAUCUUCAAAUGGAGUCAUGCAUUUCAGCUGCGGACCAUCUCACUCGUGUGAGCCCUCUCAGGUUCACAUCGUGCCGCCUUCUCCCUUUCUGUGUAACGAAUAUGUUCUGGGAGAUUCCUUUCCCUCCUUGGACAACACAGAUCAAAUUCCAGAAUGUAAAUACAUGGGAAUGCAGUAUUUGCAUAAUGAUUCUAUUCCAGUGCAGGAAUCUGGACUUAUACAUAACUUUAAUGGAGACGAGUGCAGGGAAACCAUAAUGUCCUGUCAGGAGAAUUCUCCUGGAGUUCUGGAAAAAUGCUCUUCAAUUGCUACUUCAUCUGCUGCAGAUUCAUUUGUGGAGGCCAUCCUGGCUCAUGACAAUGAAAUGCGACUUCAGUUUCCUCACAUUUUGGAUGAGAAUUAUGAUUACUGAUUUCCCGAUAGCUGGAGUUGUGUCAAUGGUUUUGAAUAAUCUUCUUACAGUCGAAAUGGCUGUUCAAAUUUAGUGAUCAGGACAGAGUAGAGUUAUACAAUGUUAUAGAGCAUGGGUCCAUUGAGAAAACAUUUGUCAUAAUAUUGAAACGUUUCAUGUUUUAUGGCAUCGUAGCUCUUGAGGAUUUAGUGACUGGGCAAUGCUUCGGAACCAAAUUCCUAUGUCAAAAUUUCAUAAAUCAGCAUAUAUAAGACUCCCUAUGAUGACCAUUCAAUAAUACCUCGCAAGAUAAAAGGAAAAAGAAUAGAAAAUAAAAAUAAAUAGGACAGUAAAAGUGAAUUAAUACCAUAUAACACACACAAAAAUAAAUAAAUAAAUGGCUUUAAAUAUAUUGGAGGGGAAAAAAAAAAGAAAAAAGGACAAGAACGACCUGAACUAUGUCAAAAAACCGUUAUGUUCGUUGCAAGGGAAAACUAACGAUAAAGGGAAAAAGGAAGAAAGAGCACUACUGAAGAAGACAAAACAUAUAGGAUUUAGACGAACAACCUGGCAGGCAUGAACACAUUGCAGAGAUCAUCCUUCUCAUUCCGGAGGCAGGGAUCUUCAGGCCGCAUAUGGGACAGCAGGAUUCAGAUUCCAGACGUUAAGCCCCCACCACCGGUUGAUAAAUCCAGGGAUUUCAACUACCAUCCCAUUCCCACUUCCAAUUCUGGCGUUGUGAAUCCGUCUGAUUCCGUUCUUCCUCCUCCUGGUUCCAGAUCAGAAGGUAAGCCCCGGAGGUCCGGUUUCGUUUCAAUUUUUGGCUGCUGCAUCGGCCCACAUGCAUCUUAAGCAAGCCCACCAUUUUUUUACGCCUGUUGCAUGGAAUUCAUGUUGCCUUUUAGUUUUCCAAGCUUUUUGCCUCCAACCAGGCCGUCUUUUUUACAAAUGUACACCUGUGUGCUUACAACUUUCUCUUUCUCUCUUUUCUUUGUUAUCCAAUGCCUUGAUAGAGUUUUUGGAAUUUGUUAUGGGUAGUUUAGCUUGAGAAUUUUGUAGACGAGAGUUCAGAAUAUUUGGUUUGUAGCUUGGAUGGAAUAUGAAUGUUUCUGAUGGAAUUUGAUGAAUCUUGACGUUAUUUUUCAA